AUGGCGAGCAUAGAAGAGAGAAGAGAGUGCGAGACGGAAUGCUGCAGCAAAGACGCCAAACUUCAGUGUCCCACGUGUAUCAAACUUGGCAUUCAAGGCUCCUAUUUCUGUUCCCAGGAAUGUUUCAAAGGGAGCUGGGCAUCUCACAAGUUGCUGCACAAAAAAGCAAAGGAGGACAAGCACCAGAAUGAAUGUAAGAACUGUGUGGAGAAAGACGUCAACACAGAUCCAUGGCCUGGCUACCGGUACACAGGGAAACUUCGCCCUUACUAUCCAUUGACACCUUUGCGGCCUGUACCCAGUGAAAUCCAAAGACCUGACUAUGCUGACCAUCCUAGAGGGAUGUCUGAAUCUGAGCAGUUUCUGAAGGGAUCAUCACAGAUCAAGAUCCUCCCUCCUGAGGACAUUGAAGCCAUGAGAGUGGUCUGCAAGCUGGCACGAGAAGUUCUGGAUAUCGCGGCUUUAAUGGUGAAACCCGGCGUUACAACAGAAGAAAUUGACCAUGCAGUACAUCUGGCUUGUAAUUCAAGGAACUGCUACCCUUCUCCUCUCAACUAUUAUAAUUUCCCCAAAUCCUGCUGCACAUCCGUCAACGAAGUUAUCUGCCAUGGAAUCCCAGACAGAAGACCGCUACAAGAUGGUGAUAUUCUUAAUGUGGACAUUACUGUCUACCACAAUGGUUUCCAUGGUGACCUCAAUGAGACCUUUUAUGUUGGAGAUGUGGAUGAAGGAGGAAAGAAACUAGUUCAGACUACAUAUGAAUGCCUUAUGCAAGCUAUUGACUCUGUGAAGCCUGGCAUCCGGUACAGAGAGCUUGGUAACAUAAUCCAGAAGCAUGCUCAGGCUAAUGGCUUCUCUGUGGUGCGGAGCUACUGCGGCCAUGGCAUCCACAGGCUUUUCCACACCGCUCCAAAUGUGCCGCAUUAUGCCAAAAACAAAGCCGUUGGUGUUAUGAAGCCAGGUCAUGUGUUUACCAUUGAACCCAUGAUAUGUGAAGGUGGCUGGCAAGAUGAGACCUGGCCCGACGGUUGGACAGCAGUCACUAGGGACGGGAAGCGCUCUGCCCAGUUUGAACACACACUUCUGGUCACGGAAACAGGCUGCGAGAUCCUUACCCGCCGCCUUGAAGACAAUGGUCAGGCUCAUUUUCUGAGCCAAGUGUAG